AUGCCUCGAUGCGAUGACUCAGAUACCAGAAGCAAGCUUUUAAUUGAUCGUGAAGUCUCUAAGAGAGCGUGGUGGUUUUUAGUGCGACAGGAUUGGCUACAAAUCCCAUUCAACAACACCUACAACAUCCACCCUUCUCAAUUCGACACCGAGAUGCCCAAAAACUGCGACGAGGACGUUUCAAAAAUGGGGUUGCCAACGGAUAUUGUUGAGCAAAGCAAGGAUUACUACACACAAGGAAGCUAUACGUCUGUUCUCAAUAAAGGUAUCGUCUAUCAAAAAGAAUUCUUAGCACAUGGCUAA